AUGUCGUCGGCGGUGUCAUCCGGGUCAGAUACUAACAACCACAAGUUUCGUUUACCAGUGCCCAAACGAUUUCACAACAACAACAAGUCACAGUCGAAGACAGAAAGAUAUUUUCGCAAUGGUGUAGAAGAGGACGAAUCCACCAUCGUGAUGACACCAACACAACCACCACCACCAACACGACCAGCCUUUGUGCAGUCAUCCUCCGUCGUCCAACCAAUGGACAUCACAAUGCCAGUUGUUGUAUCCACUGCCGAACUCAGUCCAAUAGGAGGAGGAGGAGGAGCCGUUACAGACAAUGUCCUCCGCACCAUUGACUUGCCCAAACAUUCUUCCCCAGCAGCACCUACUACUACUAGUACCAAGAACAACACGAUGAUGUGGGAUUUGGAACUAAUCUUGGGACGAACUGCCAUGGUGGCAGGACUCAUCAUGUUGGUGGGAGAAGUCUUUUUUGGAGUCUCGCCAUUAGUUUCAUUGGUUGGCAACUCGUAA